AAAAGGACGCGCGCUGCCUGCCAUGUGUUUUUGUGUUUGUUGAGUGCCGUUGCGUUUUGAGAGCUUUUUUAAAUAAUUGCGUGAUAUUUGUCGAGUUCUGUGACAUUGCGCGUCGUAGAAAACGUCCUGCCAUGCCUUCUGUGGAGGCAAAAAAGUAUGAAGUUCCCAGUAGCUUUUCUGCUACUACUGGUAACGUUGCGCUCCCAGUAGAAGAAAUUUCGUCAGACGAGCACCGCCUCUGGCUCAUCCGAACUCCAACUGACGUUAACAUUUCAAACCUGGAUGGAGUGAAGAUUUCCCUAAGAGGAGGUGAGCAAACUGAGGUCCAGAUUGGAGACAUUGGUUAUGAAUUCACAAGAAAAGAAUAUCACAGUGACACUCAGCACUUAUCUGUUUUAUUAAAAGAGGAAGAAGGCGAGCAGCUAACGCUUGCUUCAGUCAUUUUUUGUGGCAUGGCUACUCUUACAAAGAAGGCAUUGUGUCCGGAGAUUCCUAAGACUGAAAGCCCUUCGAAGCGGCCUCGACUGGAUUACUCAGCACAUGAAACUGCCCGACAGCGUUUUGUACCAUUUGGGUCAGAUGACGUUGUGACCCUCAGCAAACGACACAAAGACAAGGCAGAGAAGGUAAAAAAAGCCAAGAAGUCAAAGAAGUGACCUGCUCUCUUUUGGACAACACCGUUGUAACGGACAUUCGGGCACCUCAGGUGCUUUUACGUUGAAGUUGUGCUUUAAAGGUCUGCUCAUGAAGAAAACAAAUGAUCUUUUUUGCAUAUUAACGAAGUGGUGUUAAAUAAAGCUGUAAAUGUGCAGCAACCCCUUGUUGCAUUGUUGACUAAUAGUACUGGUGUUUCUUUAUUGAGUUAAAUUAGCAUUUAAUUAGCACCAACUGGAUAUUGUCCGCAUGUCCAUGGGAGUGGUUUCCCACAUUGAUUUAAUAUACUGACUAUUUGAUUUCCUAGUACGAGAAAGCGUUAUUGCCAGUCAGCAUUCUUUGCUAAAUUAAGAAAACGCUUGGAUAUCCGUCUACGUGCGUGACGUAGACUUAACAUAACUGCGGAAAAGGCUCACACUAGUGCAUUCACAAAACGAGUCUACAGUGUCUCAAAAAGCGCGCGUUUAUAUUGCAUCAUCGCGCACGUGGCGGUAUCUGGCGUGCGCCGAUGACACUGCCGUAAGCGUUAGAGAGAUAAAUAAAAGACACUACUACAGGGGAGCAU